AUGGCGUCUUCCUCAACUUCACCCAUUCAUGCGAGCUCUAAAUAUGAUGUAUUUUUGAGUUUCAGAGGAAAAGACACUCGUAAGAACUUCAUUGAUCAUCUUUAUCAUGCUCUUCAACAGCAAGGCAUUUACACUUACAAGGAAGACAAGAAAAUCAUGAAAGGGAAAAGGAUCAGUGACGAGCUCAUCAGAUCCAUUGAAGACUCAAAAUUCUACCUCAUUGUUUUCUCCAGGAACUAUGCGUCUUCAUCUUGGUGCCUGGAUGAGCUUGUGAAGAUAAUGGAGUGUCACAAUGACAAGACCACAGAGCAUACUGCUUACCCCGUCUUCUAUGAUGUCACACCCGCCGAUGUCCGCCACCAACGUGGGGAUGUUAGAAAAGCCUUUGCCAAACAUAAAAAUAAAGAGACUGCUGGAAAAUGGAGGGAGGCUCUGAAAGAAGCAGCCGAUCUGGCUGGUUGGGAGUUGAAAAACACUGCUGAUGGGCAUGAAGCUAAAUUCAUCCAAGAAAUUGUCGAACAAGUAUCACUAGAGUUAUGUUCAAUCAAUUGCAAUUUUGAUGAAAAAUUGGUGGGCAUGGAGAUGCGGGUAAAUGAUCUUGUAUCAUCCUUAGAAAUUGGUAUUGAUGAUGUUCGCAUGAUAGGGAUCAAGGGGAUGGGAGGUGGUGGGAAGACAACUUUGGCCAGAUCUGUUUUUGAUGAAAUAUCCUUUCAGUUCGAAGGUGCAAGCUUUGUUGAGAAUGUUAGGGAAAUUUCAAGCACUUCUUUGUCAGGUUUGAAGUCGUUGCAAUGUCAAAUCGUUUCGGAUGUAUUAGAUGAUAAAGAUAUCAGCAUAAGAGGUAUUCAUGAAGGGAAAAGCAUGAUGAAGAGGAGGAUGCGUGGCAGGAAGGUUCUUAUUGUUCUAGAUGAUGUAAGCCAUAUUAACCAGCUUGAGGCGUUAGCCGGUGAGUGUAGUUGGUUUAAGCCAGGAAGUAGAAUUAUUAUUACAACAAGAGAUGAGAAAGUAUUGUUAGCACACAAAGUGACAUUGAUUCGUGAUGUCAAUUUGUUAUCGAAUAAGGAAGCAAUUUGCCUCUUCAGUAGGUAUGCAUUUGGGAGCGAGAUUCCAAUUAAAGAUUACGGAGAGCUAUCAGAAAAUGUUUUACGUUAUGCUGCUGGUCUUCCCUUAACAAUCAAAGUGUUGGGUUCUAAUCUAUGUGGUGAAGAUAAGCCCAUAUGGAAAGAUGCCUUGGAAAGACUAAAAUCAAUUCCGCUAAGCGAAACUAUGAAAAUAUUGGAAUUAAGCUAUACCGUUCUAGAGGAUGACCUCAAGGAAAUAUUCCUAGAUGUUGCAUGCAUAAUGAAAGGUUGGUCGAAAGACAAAGCAAUCCAAGCACUUGAAAGCUGUGGAUUUCAUGCUAUAAGUGGUUUAAGAAUUCUUCAGCAAAAAUCACUCAUAACUAUUUAUGCCCGUGGGGACCAGGAGUAUGUGCGCAUGCAUGACCAUAUUGAAGAAAUGGGCAGGAAUAUUGUUCGUCGUUCACACCCAAACAUGCCUGAGAAACAUAGCCGAUUGUGGAAGAAUGACGAAAUUGAACAUAUAUUGGCUAAUGACUUGAGUACUGAAGAAACAAGAUGCGUACACUUCCACUUUCAAAAACUUGAUCCAUGUAUUCUUAUAAAGUGUUUUGGAAAGAUGAAGGCACUUAGAUUUCUUUCGAUUGUUAUGAAAGAUUGUUCCAGGAACCUUGAACUCAAUACAUUUAUCCCAAGCUUUCCAGAUGCUUUACGAUAUCUUCGCUGGACCAAUUACCCUUUUAGGUCUUUACCCAAAACAUGUCAAGCAAAUAAUCUUGUUACACUGGAGAUGCCUGAAAGCAAAAUUGUACAACUUUGGGAAGGGGGAGAAAGAAAGCUUCUUGGCAAGCUUAGAUUCCUUGAUCUCAGUUAUUCAAAGUUGAAGACCCUUGACCUUGAUCUAACACCAAAUCUCGAGACGUUGAAUCUUGGAAAUUGUUGUGAUUUGGUAGAACUUACAGAUGCUAUCUCGAUGAUGGAGCAUCUGAAAUCUCUCAAAGUUAAUGGUUGUUUGUUGCUUGAGAAGUUACCUGAUGAUCUUUGCCGAUUAGGAUGUUUAGAGAAGCUAAAUUUGUCAUCUACAAAUAUUAAACAUCUUCCGGAUAACAUUUUCAUGCUGAAAAAUCUAAAGCAUCUUAAACUUGAUGAAUGCAAGUUGCUUGAGAAGUUACCCGAGGAUAUUGGUGAAGUAAAAUGUUUAAAAAAGCUGAGUUUGUCAUCUACAAAUAUUAAGCGUCUUCCGGAUAGCAUUUGUAUGUUGAAACAUUUGAGAAAGCUCAAACUAGAUGAUUGUGAGUCACUUGAGAAGUUACCCGAGGAUAUUGGCGAACUAAAAUGUUUAGAGUGUCUAGAUUUGUCAUCUACAAAGAUUAAACAUCUUCCGGAUAGCAUUUGUUCGUUGAAACAUUUGAGAGAUCUCAAACUAUAUUAUUGUGAGUCACUUGAGAAGUUACCCGAGGAUAUUGGCAAAUUAAAAUGUUUAGAGUUUCUAGAUUUGUCAUUUACAGAGAUUACACAUCUUCCAGAUAGCUUGUGUAAGUUGAAAUAUCUGUCUGAUCUCAUACUUAAUUGUUGUUUUUCACUUGAGAAGUUACCCGAGGAUCUUGGAGAAUUAGAAUAUCUACAAGAGUUGCAUAUAAAAGGUGUAUGCAUAGAUCUUCCACAGAGCAUUCAUUUAUUGAAUGGCUUGCGCAUCUAUGGCUCAAGAUGGCUUCUUGAGUCUUUUGAUUUUUCAUCUGAGAUACAACCCCUCGAUGAAGAAAACUUCAAAGACCAAGACCAAUAUUACAAAAUGUUAUGCUAUGUAGAGGUGUGA